AUGCCCCCCAAGCGCGCCAUUACUAUACACAGCGACGACGAAGGGUCCGCCUCAGAGGGCUCCCCAGCUUCCAAGCGCGCCCGCACCCAGGAGGAUAGCGACGCCGAGCUCGCGCCCUAUCCCAAUAAGGGCAAGGGUAAGUCCAGGCAGCGCACAAAGGAGGACGUAGAUCUGGAGGACGAGGAGGAGGAUGCAGUUGAGCAGACUGCACCAGACGAAGAUGAGGAGAAAAGAUUUGAGGAGGAGCAUGUGGAAGAGAUUUGGCAGAACCUCAUGUCGAAGCGCAAGACACAGGGUAGCAUCGCGGAGAUGGGUAUCAUCGAGUCUAUUGAAAUGCACCAGUUCAUGUGUCACAAAUACCUGACGUUCCCAUUUAAACCUCAAAUCAACUUCAUUAUCGGCCAUAACGGAAGCGGCAAGAGCGCUGUACUUUCCGCACUUACCGUGGCUCUUGGAGGCAAAGCACACACUACCGGGCGCGGGAGAGGCUUGAAGUCAUUUAUUCGUGAAGGUCAAUCGGUAGCCGAGGUUACUGUUUGUCUCAAGAAUCAGGGCGAAGAAGCUUACAGGCCCAAAGAUUAUGGCAAGACUAUCGUUAUUACUCGCCGUUUCACCAGGCAAGGAUCUUCUAGUUACAAAAUUAAAAGCAACGAAGGGAAGGUCAUCUCUACCAAGCGAGAAGAGCUGUCCGCUAUCUGUGAUCACAUGAAUACCCAGGUUGACAAUCCUAUGAACAUUCUCAAUCAAGAUGCUGCCAGGCAAUUUUUGGGCGCAUCACAGCGUACAGACAAAUACAAGUUCUUCCUCCGUGGCACGCAACUCAGCCAGUUGAGCGAGGAAUACGAAACGUGUUUGGAGAACAUCCGUCAAACUAGGAAGGUUCUGAAGCGCAAAUCGGAAGCCAUUCCAGAUUUGCAAGAUGCGUUGGAAGAAGCGACUGCGCGCUUUCGGGAGGCCAACAAAGCCCGAGAGCAGAAGCACAAGGCCGAUGAGUUGAAGAAGGAGCUUGCGUGGGCCCAUGUUCAGACCAAGCAGAACGAACUACAAGGAAAGCUCGAGGAAGCAGCCAAACUAUCUCGUCGCGUGACGAAGAUCAAAGAGCAGAUCGCUACUGCUAAUAGAAUGUUCGAAGACAGUUCACAAUUUGUUCAGGCUUACGAGGAGGAAAACCAGAACCUUGGUUCCAUUGAGCACCUGCAAGCGAAGAGGGAGGAGAUAACUUCCAAAAUGAGGACAAACAAGCAGAAGCUGGUGACCAUGAACAAUGAAGAAAUGGACAUGCUUAGGGGCUUGAAAUUGGUCAACGAUGCAAUUGAAGGACUUGAUGUGAGAAUCCAGGAAGAAGUGAGGAAGGACGAGGAUGCUAGCAAGGAAAGGCGGGACGAUCUGAACCGUCGGCUGGAAGAGGUGAAAGUUUCAUGCGACCGGGUUGAACGACAGCUCCAAGACAUCAAGGACGAGCGCCAGCAGAAGAUUCCAGAGAUCGAGAAUAUCAAGCAGGACAUACAGAAACUGAAUCAAGAACGUGAGCAGCUCCAACAUAGCAUCGUAGAGUGCCGAAAGCAAGUGCGGAUUUGCGUUGAGCGCGAGCGCAACAAAGCCGCGAGGUUUGGGGCGAACAUGGACAGAGUGAUGGCAGAUAUCCAACGAACGAGGUGGCAUGGGAACAGACCUGUCGGGCCCUUUGGAUUGUUCGUUAGCGUCAAAGAUCCGGCUCAGUGGGCUCCGAUUAUACGCAUUCAACUUGGGGCUCUUAUGAGUGGGUUUGCGGUUACUGACGCUCGGGAUCGCGAACCACUCAAUAAGUUGUUGAUUGACCACGGCAACCAGAAGCCUUCCAUUACCAUCUCCGAGGUUGACUUGUUCGACUAUAGUUCGGGAGAACCACCGGAGGGAUACCUCACUGUUUUGCGCGCUCUAGAGAUCUCUGACGAGUACGUCCUGCGUAUCUUGAUUAAUCGAGCACACAUCGAGAGUACGUUCCUUGCUCCUACCCGUUUGGAUGCGGAUGGCGUCUUGUUACAGUAUGGACGCAGUGGAACGGCUUGGUCGGCCGAUCUGUACAACGUUAGCCGGUUCCCUGAGGGGGGUGGACAGUCGUCUGCAGUUCGUGCGCUUCGCAUGGGUGACCCAAAGCAACAACUAUUCACCGGCGAUGAUGCCACAGCGGAUAAGCAACGUUGGCAAGAACAUGGGGUGAAGCUCGAACAGCGGUACAACACGAUGAACCAGCAGAUAGAUCAGCUCAAGCAGAUGGAGACGCAAAAGGACAAGGAAGCCCAAAGCCUUGCUAAACUAGAGGGUGAUAUGUUGCGACGAUCCAGAGAACUGAAGGACCAGCAUGAUUCCCUCCAAAUCCAAGUCAACAACGAUAUGCCCGUUGAAAUUUCUGGACUCCAGGAUUCCAGAGUUGGAUUCGUGAAGGAAAAGGAGGCCUAUGAAAGCCAGUGGCAGACUCUCGACAAAGAGAGGAAGGAAGUUAACGAAGCCCAGCGUCCGUUACUGGAGGAAGCCAAUGCUAUUAAGACGCAGAUUGAGGAGUUUGUGGAGCUACAAGCUGGCAUACAGAACAAAAUUGGUGUUGAGGUGGAAAGACGGCUGAAUGCGCAGAGCAAGUCAAAGCAUUACCAGGAGAAACUUCAGGCUGACGAGGUCGAGGUCGCCUCCGCUGAGGAUGUAGUGAAGACUUUACAGACCGAGUUUGAGCAAUGGACAGCCAAGGCAACGGAGUACUGUGAGCGCUUCGAGAACCCUCGUAAGGCUGAAGAUGUACAGAAGAACUUGGAAGCCGUUCAGACAGCCCUUCGCGAGCGUGAGAAGAAGCACGGCGCUACAGUCGAAGAUAUGACGAUAGAAGUUAACAAGAAGAAGGCCGCGCUGGAGACUGCCAAGAAGGACUUGAGGAACAUGGUAUCUUUGAAUAGGGCUCUUCGUAGAUCUGUCCAAGUCCGUAUUGAUAAGUGGCAGGAGUUCCGCCGUCAUAUCGCCCUCCGUUGCAAAGUGUAUUUCUCGUACCAUCUCUCGAACCGUGGCUACUACGGCAAAAUUCUGUUUGACCACGUCAAAGGCUAUCUAGAGCUCAAGGUGCAAACGGACGAUCAGACAUCCACGCAAGAUUCGAGGGAGAAGGAUCCGCUCUCACUCUCUGGUGGAGAGAAGUCGUUUUCCACUAUUUGUCUCCUGCUGUCACUCUGGGAGUCCAUCGGUUGUCCUAUUCGGUGCCUUGAUGAAUUUGACGUGUUCAUGGAUGCUGUGAAUCGCCGUAUCAGUAUAAGGAUGAUGAUCGACACUGCCAACUCCUCCAACAACAGGCAGUACAUCCUGAUUACCCCGCAAGAUGUAACCAACAUCCACGCCUCGCCCUCCGUGCAUGUACACCGCAUGACCGACCCCGAGCGCGGUCAGGGUGUGCUGGCGUUCCAGUGA